GCAGAAUUGUAGGAAAAAUCAAACAAAAUGGGUAAAAGCAAAAUCCAGUGCAGCAAAUGUCAGAAAAAGUGUUCCGGUGAGGUGUUGCGCGUUUCGGAUCGCUACUUCCACAAGACAUGCUUCCAGUGCACCAAGUGUCAAAAGUCACUCGCAACCGGUGGAUUCUUCUCGAAGGAUGGCUCCUACUACUGCACAUUGGACUAUCAGAAGCUGUACGGGACAAAGUGUGCCGCCUGCAGCCAGUACGUUGAGGGUGAGGUCGUAUCGACGAUGGGCAACACAUAUCAUCAGAAGUGCUUCACCUGCAGCAAAUGUAAACAGCCGUUCAAAUCGGGCAGCAAGGUUACCAACACCGGCAAGGAGGUACUGUGCGAGACCUGCGUCAAAUGUCCACCCGGUAGCGGGGUAGGCGGUGGAGGAGCACCAGUUGGGUCGCCUACGAUCGCGGGCGGUACGGCCAGUGGUGGUGCUUCGGCCACCGUUUCACCCAAGAGCCGUGCAAUCGAGCAGAAGCAGGAACAGCGCACGAUCAAGGAGAUCACCUCGAGCCCAACGAAAGCGGCCACACUGCAGCACCAUCAGGAGACGGUGAAGAAGCAGCAACAGUUGCUUCAGAACGGUGGCAAACAGCCGGACCCGAACGAUUGUGCCGGUUGUCAGCAGCAGCUAAAGGAGGGCCAGGCACUCAUUGCUCUCGAUCGUCAAUGGCAUAUUUGGUGCUUCAAAUGUAAUGCCUGCGGUACUACCCUGAACGGCGAGUAUAUGGGGAAGGACGGCGUUCCAUACUGUGAGAAAGACUUCCAGAAAUCCUUCGGCGUGAAGUGUGCCCACUGCAAUCGGUACAUUAGUGGCAAGGUGUUGCAAGCCGGCGAUAACCAUCACUUCCAUCCCACGUGCGCACGGUGCACCAAGUGCGGCGAUCCAUUCGGCGAUGGAGAGGAAAUGUAUCUGCAGGGUGGUGCAAUCUGGCACCCGAGAUGCGGUCCCGGACCAUCAUCCGAGGCCGGCAUCUUGAAUGGCGUCGAUACGAACGGCUUUAACACGGAGACGGAGUUCGAUCGCACCAGUACAAGCGGUAUGAGUGAAAUUCAGUUCACGUAUCGUUCACAAACUCCGAGUGUUAAUGGUUCAGUUUACAGUCCCUACACGCAUAGAAAGUAUCAUCGUACCACGAGCCCGGGCCUAAUUUUAAGAGAAUACAAAAAUCAAGGCUAUGAGGAUAUCGCUCGUAUCUACACCUACAGCUACCUAACUGAGGAGCCGGGCUAUCUGCGGCGUCCGAUCGAACCAUACGAUAGAGCUCCGGUAUCGCCGCACUUUCAUCGUCCGGUACACUACCACACGGCGAUGAGUGUCGGUGGUGGUACGGCCAGCAGUGUCGGUAUGCGGUCCGCAGCCGGUUCGCGGUCGCAUUCGCGCAGCCGCAGCGCUAUGAAGGUGCUGGUCGACAGUAUCCGAUCGGAAACGCCUCGCCCGAAAAGCCCGGGCAUGAACAACGAGGAACCGAUCGAGCUAAGCCACUAUCCCGCGGCCAAGAAGCCACCGCCGGGCGAAAAACCAAAGAUCGAACGGGAUGACUUCCCGGCCCCGCCUUACCCGUACACGGAUCCGGAGCGUCGUCGCCGCUAUUCCGACUCAUACAAGGGUGUACCUGAAUCAGACGACGAAGUCGACCAUGCGAAUAAUAAGGAAAACGUUACGGAAAAACGCCACACGAAGGAGGAAGAAGAGCUGCGCAAACUGAAAUCAUCCGGCAUGGGCACGGUAAUACUGAAGGAUCUGCAGGAGAAGAAGCGCUACGAGCACUGGAAGCAGGAAAAUCUGGAUCCACGCAACGCGUCCCGCACACCAUCCGCUUCGAAAGAACCAAUGAACCGGAUGCGCUACGAAUCGCCGGUCGGUGCGUCACCUUCGCGUAACCUUGACCACCAGAAACCGUUCUACGAGGACGAGUUCGACCGUUCUACCAGUUACCGUGGAUCGGUCGGUCGUGCCAUUGGAAACGCGACCAGUUACAACGUGGUGAGUUCCUUACGACAAGUACCUAAACCGGGUUACGGCUUGGCCCCUCGUUCGCAUACCUUCAGUUCCGCUACGUCCGGUUCUGCUCACGGUGUUCCUGACUUCUCAUUCAGCGGACUCGGAGACAAGACCCACAGUACGGAGUUUAGCUGCGGCAAAAGUGACAUUUCCGGCGAUUCCAUAACCGAGGGCGAUCGUCGUGCGCUGGGUGCAGAAAUUCCUGCCUCCAGCACGUACUCCGGUGCACUUUCCUAUCACUACCCGCAGCAACCGACACGUCGCAGCUUGCCCAACAUGGCCCACUCGAUGCUGGUGCACGAACCGGCCAAAAUUUAUCCCUACCAUCUGCUACUAAUCACCAACUACCGAUUGCCGUCGGAUGUCGAUCGAUGUAAUCUAGAGCGUCACCUAUCGGAUGUUGAGUUCGAAGCGAUUCUACAAUGUACGCGGCCCGAAUUUUACCGUAUGCCCCAGUGGAAGCGCAAUGACAUGAAACGACGUGCGCGUCUGUUUUAA